AUGUCUUUUUUCGGCCUCGGAGGAGGCUCUUCACCCCCCGCGAACAACUCUGCCAUCAGCUCGGCUCAGAUCGAAGCAGCCACUGCCGAACUCGAGAUGGUCACCGACGUUUUCAACCGUCUCGUCUCCUCCUGCCACGCAAAGUGCAUCUCCGCAAGAUACGCUGAACCCGACCUCAACAAGGGCGAAAGUAUCUGCAUUGACCGAUGUGUAAGCAAGUUCUUCGCUGUCAACGGAAAGGUCAACGAGCUCAUGCAGUCCAUGGGUCAGGCUGCUCAGGGCGGUGCUCCUGGCGGAGGAGGAUCUUUCUUCGGAUAG